GCUCGCCGCGGGCUAAUGAGGGCGAGGAACGGGCACGCGUUGCGGGCCUCCAGCCGGUGGAGCCAAGGCAGCGCUCUCACGGCCCAUUGGAUGGGGGGAAUAGGGGUGGGGCUUCGGAGGGCGCGCUCCGGGGUGAUUGGCUGGAGGAUCGGGGGCGGGGCUGGAAAGGCGCGCUCAGGGCUCAUUGGCGGGGGACCGGGGCUGCGGAGGGCGCGCGACGCGGCGCGGGUCAUGGAGGCAACCAGCUCUGGCUUCCGGAAAGAACUUGUGAGCAAACUGCUGCACCUGCAUUUUAAAGAUGACAAAACCAAAGUUGGCGGAGAUGCACUGCUGCUCAUGGCAGAGUUGUUGAAGAUCUUCGUCUCGGAAGCGGCCAUCCGCAGUGUCCGGCAGGCCCAGGCAGAGGACCUGGCCCGUGUGGAUGUGGAACAGCUGGAGAAGGUGCUGCCUCAGCUGCUUCUGGACUUCUAGGGGUUUCCACCCUCACUCCAGCCGACUGCCUGCCUGCAUCAUGGCCCAGCCCCAUGUCCACGUGUCUCCUGUGGCCUCUGGCUUCAGACAGGGAAGAGGCUGCUGAUCCCUGACUCUCCUACAGCCCUGAAACUGAGCCAGUCUCAGCAAACGCACCCCUUUCCCUCACAUCCUCCUCUCUGCCCACGACAGCCUGACUGUAGCAGAGGUCACUGUGGGGGGGCCAGCCCAUGGUGAGCACCGUGUUGGGGUAGGAGCCCUGGGAAGCACGUGCCAAGGGAGAAGUGGGGGCUGUCUUCCACAGACCAGCAGAGCUGCAGCCCUGCCACCCCGACAUCAAAGCUGGUGUGUCAACUCCUAGCCAUGUGAUACUCGCUUGGAAGCUGCUUCUCUGAGCUAUAGAUUUGUCCUCAGAAAGCACCACCAAUAAACCAAAACUGCUUCUCUCAG